AUGGCCGAAGAUUCUCGUCCGCACGACCCUGUUGCGACAGACCAGGACAACCACCAGGCCACCAGCCAUGCCCAAGCAUCCGACCAAGACCCCACCUCCACCUCGACUUCCACCUCUUCGUCUCAGCUCAGUCUCGAUGGCCGAUGGGGAGAACAGGACCAGGGGGAGCCCGUCUCCCGCCGGGGCGCCAUGGAGGACUUUGAAGGGAUGAAGAGGGAAUUGACUCGACUCAGUCUCACACGAACCCGUUCUACCACCAAGGAUGGUCGCCGAUUGCGCUCGCUCACUUCCCGUCGAACAAGCCAGGCCAAGGAUGAGGAGAAGGCGAUGGACGAGGACGAAGCGGACGACGAUGUUUCUGGCGACUUUGACCUCAACGAGUUUCUCAUGGGUGGCAAUUUGGAACGACGGACGACGGCGGGUGAACCGGCGAAGAAGGUGGGCAUCGUGUUCAAGAACAUGACCGUGAAGGGUGUUCAGACUGGUGCCUCCUUUGUGCGAACCCUGCCCCAUGCCGUCGUGGGUACCUUUGGUCCCGAUCUCUACAACCUCGUUUGCCGAUUCGUCCCCCAGCUUAGUUUUGGAAGAUCUCCCCCCGUGAGAGACCUGCUCCAUGACUUCAGUGGAGCGGUCCGUGAGGGUGAAAUGAUGAUGGUGCUUGGUAGACCAGGUGCUGGAUGUACCACCUUCCUCAAGGCUAUUUCCAACAACCGUGAGGGCUUUGCUGGUUUUCUGGGCGAUGUGAGCUACGGUGGCAUGUCUGCCGAAGAUCAACACAAGCACUUCCGCGGUGAAGUCAACUACAACCCUGAAGAUGACCAGCACUUCCCUACUCUCACCGUCUGGCAGACACUCAAGUUCUCCCUCAUCAACAAGACCAAGAAACACGAUCGCGCCAGUAUUCCCAUCAUCAUCGACGCCAUGCUGAAGAUGUUUGGCAUCACCCAUACCAAGAACACCCAGGUUGGUAACGAGUUUGUCCGUGGUGUCUCUGGUGGUGAGAGAAAGCGUGUCAGUAUCGCCGAGACCUUGACCACCAAGUCCUCUGUCGUCUGCUGGGAUAACUCCACCAGAGGUUUGGAUGCAAGCACUGCGCUCGACUACGCCAAGUCUCUCCGCAUCAUGACGGAUGUCAGCAAGCGUACCACCUUUGUCACUCUCUACCAGGCUGGUGAGAGUAUCUAUGAGCUGAUGGAUAAGGUGCUGGUCAUUGAUUCUGGUCGUAUGCUCUACCAAGGUCCUGCCAACGAAGCCAGGCAGUACUUUGUCAACCUUGGCUUCUACUGCCCUGAGCAAUCAACUACUGCCGACUUUUUGACCUCCCUCUGUGACCCGAAUGCCCGCCUCUUCCAACCAGGCCGAGAAGCCUCUACCCCCAAGACUCCCGAGGAACUCGAGGAAGUCUUCAGAAGCAGCGAACAAUACAAGCGUAUCGCAAAUGACAUCUCCGGCUAUGAGACCCAACUCCAGGAAACCAACCAAGAGGAUACCCGCCGCUUCCAAAAGACAGUCGCUCAGUCCAAGAGUAAGACUGUCUCGACGAAGUCUAGCUACACUGUUUCUCUCGCCAGACAGGUUGCCGCCUGUGUGCAGCGUGAGUUCUGGCUGCUGUGGGGUGACAAGACGUCUCUCUACACCAAGUAUUUCAUCAUUGUUUCCAACGGUCUUAUUGUCUCUUCUCUGUUCUACGGCGAGGCCCUCGACACUAGCGGUGCCUUCUCUCGUGGUGGUGCCCUGUUCUUCUCGAUUCUGUUCCUUGGCUGGCUUCAAUUGACAGAAUUGAUGCCCGCAGUUACCGGACGAGGAAUUGUCUCGCGUCACAAGGACUACGCCUUCUACCGCCCAUCUGCCGUGUCGAUUGCUCGUGUUGUCGUCGAUUUUCCUGCCAUCUUCUGCAUGGUCGUGCCCUUUACGAUUAUCGUCUACUUUAUGACCGGACUGGAUGUGGAUGUCUCCAAAUUCUUCAUCUACUUCUUGUUUGUCUACACGACUACGUUCUGUAUCACCUCGCUGUACCGUAUGUUUGCCGCACUAUCGCCGACUAUUGACGAUGCCGUUCGAUUCAGUGGUAUUGCAUUGAACGUUCUUAUCUUGUUCGUCGGUUAUGUGAUUCCCAAACAGGCUUUGAUCCAUGGUUCGAUUUGGUUUGGUUGGCUCUUCUACGUCAAUCCAAUCUCAUACAGUUACGAAGCGGUACUUUCGAACGAGUUCUCUGGUCGUGUCAUGGAGUGUGCCGCAUCUCAGGUCGUACCCUCGGGUCCUGGCUAUGAUGAUCCCCAGUACCAGGGCUGUGCUCUUACUGGAUCUACGGCAGGUAGCACUAACGUGUCUGGUGACAGCUACUUGGACACAACCUUCCAGUUUACUCGAAGCCACAUGUGGCGCAACUUUGGUGUUGUCAUUGCUUUCACGGUUUUGUAUCUCCUGGUGACUAUUUGGGCUGCCGAGUUCCUCUCCUUCGUCGGUGGCGGCGGUGGUGCCUUGGUCUUCAAGAAGUCCAAGCGCUCUAAGCAGAUUGCGACCCAGAACAAGGGCAACGAUGAGGAGAAGGUCCAAAGCACAGGUGACAAUGCUGCUGUGUCGCGUGGAGACUCGCCGUCGGGAAGCCCCGAGACGUUUAACCGCAUUUCAUCCAGCGAACGCAUCUUCACCUGGUCUAACGUCGAGUACACGGUGCCCUACGGUAACGGAACAAGAAAACUACUGAACGGUGUCAACGGAUAUGCUAAGCCUGGACUCAUGAUCGCCUUGAUGGGUGCUUCUGGAGCUGGUAAGACCACCCUGCUCAACACCCUGGCUCAGCGUCAGAAGAUGGGUGUUGUCGGCGGUGACAUGCUCGUUGAUGGACGUCCUCUGGGAGCCGAUUUCCAAAGAGGUACUGGUUUCUGUGAACAGAUGGAUCUUCACGACAACACAUCUACCAUCCGGGAGGCUUUGGAGUUCUCUGCCCUUCUUCGACAGGACCGGCACAUUCCCCGUCAGGAGAAGAUCGACUACGUUGACCAGAUUAUUGAAUUGCUGGAACUCGAGGAAAUCCAAGAUGCUAUCAUUGGCUCCCUUAACGUUGAACAGAAGAAGCGAGUGACUAUCGGUGUUGAGCUGGCUGCUAAGCCUAGCUUGUUGCUCUUCCUGGACGAACCUACUAGUGGAUUGGACAGUCAGGCCGCGUUUUCGAUUGUGAGAUUCUUGAAGAAGCUCUCUCAGGCUGGACAGGCUAUUCUGUGCACCAUUCACCAGCCCUCGUCCAUGCUGAUCCAACAGUUCGACAUGAUUUUGGCCCUGAACCCUGGUGGAAACACUUUCUAUUUUGGACCUGUCGGCCAAGAUGGCUCUGCAGUUAUCAAGUACUUUGCUGACCGCGGCUUUGUGUGCCCCCCUUCGAAGAACGUUGCCGAAUUCAUCUUGGAAACGGCAGCCAAGGCAACCUCGAGGAACGGCAAACGCAUUGACUGGAACGAGGAAUGGAAGAACUCCGAUCAGAACCGUGAAAUCCUACAGGAGAUUCAGAAGAUCAACGAAGAGCGAAGCAAGAUCCCGGUUUCCGAGGACAGCGGACCUCAGUACGAAUUCGCCGCGCCUACCUCCCUCCAGACCAUGUUGCUCACCAAGAGACUUUUCGUCCAGUACUGGAGAGAUCCGUCGUACUACUACGGAAAACUCUUCGUCUCGGUCAUCAUGGGUAUCUUCAACGGAUUUACUUUCUGGAAGCUUGGCAACUCGAUCGCCAGCAUGCAGGACCGUAUGUUCUCGUGCUUCUUGAUCAUUCUUAUCCCCCCCAUCAUCAUGAACAGUGUCGUCCCCAAGUUCUACAUCAACCGUGCUCUCUGGGAGGCCCGUGAAUACCCUAGUCGUAUCUACGGAUGGGUAGCCUUCUGCACUGCCAGUAUUGUCUGCGAAAUCCCCAUCGCCAUCGUCUCCAGUAUCGUAUACUGGGUUCUUUGGUACUACCCCGUGGGCUUCCCCACUGACUCGAGCACGGCCGGAUACGUCUUCCUCAUGUCGAUGCUGUUCUAUCUGUUCCAAUCUAGCUGGGGACAAUGGAUCUGUGCAUUCGCGCCGUCUUUCACUGUCAUCGCCAACGUCCUCCCCUUCUUCUUCGUCAUGUGCAACUUGUUCAACGGUAUCGUCCGUCCAUACGACGCAUACCCCGUCUUCUGGAAAUACUGGAUGUACUAUGUCAACCCCGUAACCUGGUGGCUCCGCGGUGUCCUCUCCAGCACCUUCCCCUCUGUGCAAAUCACCUGCGACCCCUCCGAAGCAACCAGCUUCAAAGCACCCCCCGGACAGACCUGUCAAGACUACGCAGGCGACUUUGUCAAAAAUGCCGGCGCUGGCUACCUCCUCGACCCCAACGCCAUGUCGGACUGCCAGUACUGUCCGUACAGCAACGGCACGGAGUACAUGCAGAACCUCAACGUGCACGACGGCGACAAGUGGCGCUGUUUCGGUAUCUUUCUUGCCUUUGUGAUUAUCAACUGGGCGCUGGUUUACUUCUUCAUCUUCACUGUUCGUGUUAAGGGGUGGUCGUUUGGAAUGGGUUAUGUUUUUGGUCUUAUUGGGGCUAUGAUUGAUGGUGUGAAGAGGAUCUUUACCCGCUCGAAGAAGGAGCAGCAAUGA